UUUAUCGCGCAGGUCGUGGACCCUAUUAAUUUAGUCACACUUGGUCGAUGAUAAAAAAUAAUAAGCCGGCAUUUAUCUCCGUGUCUAUACAGUGUAUACGCGUGUAUAUCUGUACCGCCAGAUAAAAUGUACGCAUGAAACAUGUUACGGUGGCAAUGUUAGGACGAGCUCUUGUGUUCUGUGGACUUUGUUACUUUACCUUAGCCGUGAGAAUCAAUUUUACCGGUUGCCAACCGCCGUGGACGUGCGAUGCCACAGAAAUAACGUACACCUGCUCGCUGGUCGAGAGCAAUGCUUUCACAGUAUACCUGAAGGAUUUCUAUACGGAGAAUGCCGGCAGUGUUGUGGUACAAAACUGCCGGGAUGUGAGAGUCGUGUUAGACUGCUCGACUCUUCAAAGGCCAUCCCGACUGCAGCACUUCAAGAUUAAAGACUGCGAUAGGCUCGAGUUUGUGACUCUAUCUGGAAUCACGGUGCAGACUCCGCCCGAGUUCACCAUAGAAAAUGUCAGGGAAGUCGUUUCGUUUCCGAGAAACAUUUUCAAAUCGGCCGCUUCUAGUACGGAGCAGAAAUGUAUGGGUGCAUCACACUUCAGGAAACUCCGAGUAGUCAACAGCAAGAUAAACGUUAUAAACACUAAGGCUAUUUCAAAUGUGACGCAAGUGGAGAGCGUGGAAUUCGAAAAUGUGACGAUCUGUGACAUCGAUAGCCAGGGAAUAGAAGUAGCGGCACGGUCCAAUAGAACCGUCUUUACUAUUACCAACAGCAAAAUAUUGAAUCUCGAUUUCAUGGCAGUAGGGAUACAGAGUGCCACAGUGAAACUUAUUAAUAAUGAAUUCGAAGAUUUAAGAUCGAACGCUGUGAACAUAACAGCGGAAAAUUUGCUGAUACGAGGAAAUAAAUUCAAAGAAAUCAACGCCAACUGCAUAAUAACUUCUGCAAUAAAAACUGACGUCUCCGAUAACGACAUAAACCUGCUCAAAACCAACGCCCUGGCCGGGGUGAAGUGUGCGAAGAGACCCGGAAACAAGGAGAUGAAAUUCACGAGAAACAGAAUCGCCAAAGUCGAGCCGCUGUCGCUGCAUUUUGACUCCAACAGCUGCAAAACUAGCACGGUGGUGUACAGGGAGAACAGAAUCGACUGCAGAUGCCGCAGCAUAUCGUUCCUCAACUCCGACAACUAUCUCAACGACAUAAUCCUCGACACCGCUAACAACAACACGUGCGCCCUGGACGCGUGCGCGCUGCCCGUCGACGUCGUCAAGCUGCUGAUAGAGAGCGACAUGUGCCACCUCGACCUCGACCCGCGCGUCGUGUGCCUGCUGUACAACGACAAGCACCCCAAUGACACUAAUGACGUCACGACCGACAGCGAAGUCACGGAGGUACCUACCUUCUACCUGAUACGUCAAGCCAACACGCUGCACGACGGUGGAGCGAUGACCGCCAUAAACAAGGACGACCUGCUGCGCGACAGCCAACUCAACAUCACUAACCGAACCACCGUGAAGGUCGUCUUCGACCCCUCGAGGGAUUUCGUCGAAACGCUCCGAAGUACGAGCGGAACGACCAAAAGUAAAGCGCCCCCGAAAGAGGAGUAUAUCAACCGAUGCGUCGGCAGUCAGUGCAAGAACACGGUACAGCACGAUAGACAGAAGGCGCUGGAGUUCUAUAAGUAUGUGUACGCGCAGCUAAGGACGCCAAGAGUUGAUGUAAAAACUAAGCACUGAGAGAACUUGCAUUGUCAACAAAAUAUGAUUCCUUUCUUCCAUUCCAUCUUUAUUUAUAUUGACACAAUAUGCUUCUUGCAUCGACAACGCAUUUUUUUAAAUAUGAUUGUCUUUAUUUAUCAAACUUCUCCGAGUUGACACUUGCAUAUUUUAAUCUAAUAUUCUGUUCGAAGUAAUCUCUGGGUCGUGACUCGUGACACUAGAUACCG